AUGUGGAUCCAAGUGCGAACUAUGGACGGGAAGGAAACCCACCGCGUGGAUUCCCUUUCUAAACUCACCAAGGUGGAAGGUUUGAGGCUACGCAUACACGAGGUUUUUGGGGUCGAACCACACCGACAACGGUUAUUCUACCGCGGAAAGCAGAUGGAAGAUGGACACUCCCUGUUCGACUACAGCGUUGGACUCAACGACAUCGUGCAGCUCUUGGUCAGACAAAGCCCAGCAGUGCUUCCUGCUGCUAGCAAGGAGAAGGAUUCCGAGCUCUCCGACACGGACUCCGGCUGCGGCUCCGGCCAGAGCGAGUCGGACAAAAGCUCCCACAAUGGGGAGGCUGCCCUGGAGCUGGAGGGGCCCAGCACGGCCACGCAGCCAGACUGGACCGACCCCGGCUUUGGCCUCUACAAGAUCAAUGACUUGGUGGAUGCUCGAGAUAUGAACAUGGGAGCGUGGUAUGAAGCCCAGGUUGUAAAUGUAACCAGGAAAAAACCUUCCAAUGUGGCUGCUGCCAGCAUGGAUCCUGAUCAGCCAACAGCUGUUCCUGAGGAGGAUGUAAUAUAUCAUGUGAAAUAUGAAGGUUACCCAGAGAGUGGAGCUGUGCAGCUGAGCUCCAAUGAUGUCCGGGCUCGGGCAAGGACUAUUCUGAAGUGGCACCAGCUGGAAGUGGGACAGGUGGUGAUGGUCAACUACAACCCUGAUGAGCCGAACGAGAGAGGCUUCUGGUACGACGCAGAGAUCCUGCACAAGAGGGAAACCAAAAUGAGCAGGGAGAUAAAUGCCAAGAUCUUGCUUGGGGAUGCUGGGGAUUCCCUGAAUGACUGCACAAUUACCUUAGUGGAUGAGAUCUAUAAAAUUGAAGAGCCAGGCAGUGCCAGCUCGGUGAGCACUGGCCAACCAAGACGAAAAUAUGGACCUGUGUGUAAAGCUUGUAAGGACAACCCCAACAAGACCUGCAGAGUCUGUGCCUGCCACAUCUGUGGAGGUAAACAGGAUCCAGAGAAACAGCUGAUGUGUGAUGAGUGUGAUAUGGCUUUCCACAUCUACUGCCUCAACCCUCCCCUUAGCAGCAUCCCAGAUGAUGAGGACUGGUAUUGCCCCGAGUGUCGAAAUGAUGCGAGUGAGGUGGUUUUAGCAGGAGAGAAAUUAAAAGAGAGUAAAAAGAAACAAAAGAUGGCAUCUGCUAAUUCAUCCUCACAGAGAGACUGGGGCAAGGGCAUGGCGUGCGUUGGGCGCACGAAGGAGUGCACCAUCGUCCCCUCCAACCACUAUGGACCCAUUCCUGGCAUUCCAGUUGGCACCAUGUGGAAGUUCAGAGUUCAGGUGAGCGAAUCUGGAGUUCACAGGCCCCAUGUAGCAGGUAUCCAUGGCAGAAGUAAUGAUGGUGCCUACUCCUUGGUCCUGGCAGGGGGCUAUGAAGAUGACAUAGAUCAUGGGAAUUCCUUCACGUACACAGGGAGCGGAGGCCGGGAUCUGUCUGGAAACAAACGCACAGCAGAACAGUCCUGUGACCAAAAACUCACCAACAUGAACAGAGCUCUGGCUCUGAACUGCAGUGCCCCCAUCAAUGACAAGAGUGGAGCUGAGGCCAAGGACUGGCGAGCUGGGAAGCCGGUGCGGGUGGUGAGGAACGUCAAGGGAGGCAAGCACAGCAAGUAUGCUCCCGUAGAAGGCAACAGAUAUGAUGGGAUAUAUAAGGUUGUGAAGUACUGGCCUGAGAGAGGGAAAUCAGGGUUCUUGGUGUGGCGAUACCUACUGAGGAGGGAUGAUGAAGAGCCUGCUCCUUGGACUAAAGAAGGGAAGGAAAGGAUGAAAAAGCUUGGCCUAACAAUGCAGUAUCCUGAAGGUUAUUUGGAAGCUGUUGCAAACAAAGAUAAGGAAAAAGAAAAUGAUGGAGAUGAUGAGUUUGAUACCCCAGGGAAAAGAAAGAGGAAAAGGAAAUCAGCAGGUUUGUGGACUGGGGAGGGAAAACUCAUUAACUCUCCUGCAAAAACUCCAAAGAAAACUAAAGUUGAGCCAUACAAGCUGACAUCCCAGCAGAAAUCACUUAUCAAAAGUGAUGAAGCCAAUGAAAAACUGUGGAAUGAAGUACUAGAAGCUCUCAAAGACGGACCGAAAUUCCUAAAUAAGGUGGAAGAGGCCUUCUUGUGUAUCUGCUGCCAGGAGGUGGUGUUCCGGCCGGUGACAACUGUCUGCCAGCACAACGUCUGCAAGGACUGUUUGGACAGAUCCUUCAGAGCUGAGGUGUACAGCUGCCCUGCCUGCCGCUACGACCUGGGCAAGAGCUACAGCAUGCAAGUGAACGAAGGCCUGCAGAGCAUCCUGGCUCAGCUCUUCCCUGGCUACGGCAACGGACGGUGA